CGUACAUUCGUGGCAUUAACAGGCACUCUCCUCCAGCUGAUUGUAAUCAGGCUCGUGAUCGUCUCGUGUUGUAUCAUUGGAAAUAUUGAGUGAGCGUACAUCGGAUGUACACUCAAAAUCAGAAUGCAUUGUGGGUAAAUAGUAGUUUACAAAUGUAGGGAAUGAGUUGUUUACUCAGAAUUCGGACAACACUACAAAAUGGCGGACCCCCGAUAUAGUGCACUAUAUAGGAGAUAUGGGGAGAAUUCAGAAACAGCUUCUGUCAUCAUUUACUCACUAUCUGUGUUUUUGGUGUGGUAUAAGUUGACCAUGUUUGUAUUAGACUCGUGAAAUUGCUAAAAUUAAAGUGUCGGAACAAAAGAUCCAUUCCAUCUAAAAGCGAAUCCUCACCCAGACCUGCCUGAAAGGCCUUUUUUAACCACACCCCCACAAAACCACGUCAGUUCGGGCAUGAAUUAACUAAGACCGCCCAAAUGUAUAUGACAGUCAGUACUGUCCGUACAAUUGCUUUGGAACCUGAUGGUCCAAAUAUGGUAAGAGGCGUUAAAUUUCUGUCACACGGAAUCAUAGCACACCUCACUUUUCAGAGCGAUGAGCUUUUUUCAAAAUUCUGCAUAUUUCGGAGAGGCGGGGCAAAGAGGAGAUACAAACUGAUAAUAUUAGUUUUAACCGUGUCAUAUGACUCCUUUAAGGCAGAGAUAAGUGGAAAUAUGAGAAAAUUGCAAAAUUUAGUAGAUUCUGUACGUACAUUGCGGCACACAGCAGGGGUAUAUAGAAAAUCGUUCUACCGUAUUUGAAAUGAUACUUUCAUAAGUUAACAUUUCAUUAUAACAUUCAUAUACGGUAGAAGGCCACUUCUAUACCACUGGUGUGUGCCGCAAUGUACAGCAUCUGCUUGAUUGAACUAUUUUCAAAUUUUUCCAUUUCUCUCUGCUUUAAGUCUCCCCAACCGUAAACUGCAUAAGGUUCUUUCACCAUAAAAUGUAGAAGUCAAACAUGCAAAGAGUCUUUCAUUGCCUUCUCUUUUUUACCUGCCAAGUAUUGGAAGUGUAAGUAGCGCCCCCUUGUGGUUUAUUUGGAAGCUACCUGGUCAUCUGAUCCCAUAAUACUAUUUUAGGUAUAAUUUUGUGGAAAUGUAUAUCAUCCCCAUAUUUUUACAUAAACCCAUAUGGAUUGACCACUGAUUAUAAUGAAUGUUGCUUUAGAUAAAUGGAUUCGGCCAAUUGACAAUUUGGUAAGUAUACAUUUUUAUGUAAAGUAUAUAAAUGUGAUUUAGUAGAUUAAAAACUGUCCAUAGCCUUUUAUCAACAAUUGCGUAGUGUGUCAGAGCAACCAGCUGUUAUUAAGGAUCAUGUUUCAGGAAAUGCAAGUGUGUCAUAGGCUCCAGCUUGAGGCUGAACAGACUCAAUCACAUGACUUCCCUUAACAGAAAGCAUUAGAUCAGCUGAGAGAAUGAGCAGGAAAAUGAAACCUAAGUGUAGCUCAUGCCCUCUUCAGUCAUUCACCAAAACACAACACACGACAUGCCUCAUGCGAUGCUCUUAUGGCUGCAAUGGACUCUGAUAUCAACGUGGAUGAUAGUCCUAAAAGGGCAAUCUGUAAUAAAGUUGUCAAGACUCUGAAAAGGCACCCUAGAGGAAUUGCCCUUGAUAAGUUAGCGAAGGUCUUUGAUGAGAGGUUCAAACAGGAGCUUUUACCAGCUGAACUUGGGUUCCCAUCAUUGGAGGCUUUUGUAGCAUCUCUUGAGGAACUGGUGGUGGAAGAUGGGACGAUCUUCCACAAGAAGAACAUAGUGCUGACAGGUGUGGACUAUGAAAAAACAUGCGAUGAUGUUGUGGAGUUGGUAAAAAGACACUCUGAAGGCAUUCCUGUUUCUAAAAUAGCAGUUGUUUUCAGACAGGUGUAUGACAGACCUUUAAAAAAGAAAGAAUUAGGGUUCUCAUCAGUAGCAGCUUUCAUUGACUCUCUUAGGAAACGGCUGUAUGUAUGCAGUGGUCAGAUAUACUACGGGUGCGUCAAGCCUGAACCUUCAACACCCACAGCAGCCAUGAGUAUCAGUGGGGUUUUUAAGGAUGUGGUGGAACUUGUUCAGGAGAAUCCAAGGGGCAUCCCUCUUAGAAAGCUGUCUAAUUUCUUUAGCCUAAAGUAUCGACGGAACCUGUCAGUAUCAGAAUUUGGUUUCAGUUCAAUUCCAGCAUUUAUUGAUUCUUUGAGAGAUGAGCUCUUGGUAGACAAGGAGCGAGUUUACCACAAGGAUCACAGAGCAGCUUCUGUCUAUACACCUGUGAACAAAGACCCGAAACCUGCGAGAACUGUCACAUUGACAAAACUGGACUCUGGCCAUGAGGGUACUCUGGUUCCACAGAAUAUCAAUGAAGGUGAAAAUAAGGUGCAACCAACAGCCAUCUGCGCUGGUGUAAAUGAACAAGUGGUCCGAUCCAAAACAGGAUCUCCAUUACGGAACACCUGGACCGCACCCCUCAUAACAACCUCUAAUAAUCUUUCCACCCUGGAAUUCCCAGCUCUUAGGUCCAAAGCAGAGGAGAAGUUGAAAGAGUGUAAGGGACCAGUUUUCUAUGAGUCCUUUUACAGCCAGCUGAGGGAGGUACAUAGUGCUAAUGUAAGGGCGGCAGACGCCCUGCAGGAAUAUAGUUCUGGAAGACGUAGACAGGAUAUGAGCGCAGAUGAUGUGAACAGUUUGGCCGAGAAUGUCAUUAGAGCCCUCGCAGCCGAUGGAGAGCAUGUCUCUAUCGACAGGGUGACUAGCAGGUUGUGUUCACUUUUGCAAGUGUCCUCCUUGUUCGCUUUAAAGAUCGACCCUCGUCGUCAGCUCCCCGUUUUGCAGGAACUUCAGCGCACCCUCAAGGAGAUCAAUGUGUUCUUUGCGUCAGUGGAGGUGGUGUCCUCAAUGUGCACACUGUAUGAACUGGGUCAGGCCGUGGCCAACCUGAAGAACAAAAAGCGAUUUGAAGAACUUCACCUAGGCCCUCUCUGCAAGAUCCCUAUCAUUCACCGCAUGUUCAAAAUAGAUGGAAAUACUAAAGAUGACGAUAUUCAUCAGAUUGAAACUGUGGACAUUCUUAGGAGUCUGCGCAUUUUCCGGAGAAAAUGCAGGGCACAAAGAGUUGACCUUGCUGAAUUUCUCAAGCACCUUGCUGACCAAUACAGCUGUGAAUCGCCAUAUGAACUCGGCAUCAGGAUUCAGAGUCUUGGACUGCCCAUUUCGACCUUAAACAGAGCAUCUGCUACUGAGCACAGCUGCAUGGAUAGAGCCAAAGAAGCUAUUCAGAAGGAGAUUCAAGAAGAGGUGGAAACCAGACUGUUUAAGAUCAAGAAGAGUCUGCUUGAACUAGCUCAAGGACCAGUGCUGUUCUCACAGACAGGCUGCCUUGAGCUCAGGAAAAAAUAUGUUAAUAUGACCGCCUCUGAUGCUGUCUUUGAAGUUUUCAUCAACUCCGAAGGUGUCUUUAGUAAGAGUAUGACUAAGAGUGUUCAGACAUUCCUGACGUGUAUACAAAGAGACCGGCUAGCAAGAGCCUUAUUUCAGCUUGCCAUAUGCUGUGGCUCCUUGGAAGCCCCACAGGACCUGGUAGCUAAAGAGAAACCUCAGAAAAAAGACAAAGAGAAUAAAGCUACGGAAGAAAGAGCCACGUCCCUCCCCACUGAAGCUGAAGUGAAGAGUUACUUUCAGGAGUGUGUGGCCAACUUCAAGAAUACACCUACUCUGGCCUUCCUUCGUUCACUGGAGAAGAAGAUCGUCGAUCACUUCAAGUUCAAAGAUUUCAGUCAGCUACAGCAAGGAACCUUUUUGAAUUUCAUUGUCCAAAACAAAAAGGCUUUGCAGGAGACAGCAGGAGGCGCUCUUUCCAUUGACAACCAGGACCCUGGAACGUAUGGCUUCAGACCAUCCAGACAGGAUGUGUUUGAAUUCAUAAAGCAGUGCUGCGAGGGAGAUUUGGCAUUUGUGGAGGCUGCUCUGAGGAACCAUUAUACGAUAAAGGACAGUCGGGAGCUUGGUCACGGACCCCUAGGUUUUCUUGUGGAUUGCACCAAGCGGCAAAAAGAACUCAUCGGAGAUGCCAUAACCAGUGUUGUGCGCUACGAGGGUCCUCUGCUCCCCAUCAAUUCUGGCGAGUGUGGGCCAGAUAUUGUUGGUCUGCUAGGAGAGGUGAGCCGUGAUAAAGCGCUGGCGAGUCUCCUAUCAGCCCCUCUACUGCAGGACCUGGAGGAAUGGAGCCAGUGGGAGCUGGUGUUUCAACCCAACCAUGGCUCUCUCAAAGAGUUCAUCGACAAGUACUGUGGUAAGACAGAACUGCUUGCUCUUGAGGUGUCUCCUGGUGUGUUACUGAGGGUCACUGCUGAUACGUGUGCUGCGCACUUCUCAAAGGCUGCUCUGGCUCUAAAUCCAGUUGGCACAGCUGGCCACUUGGUCUCCAUUGUGGUGGCGGAUGGGAUACUUAACACCCCCACAGCGCUCCUAGCCAAUCACAUGGAGAGUGCAUUGAAUGUAGCAGUUGCAAAGGAAGAAAUUACACCAUGGGAAAAUGGCUACUCGUACCGCGCUGUGGCCAAAUUUGUGCUGGAAUGCAUCGCUUGUAUGCCUUCAAGAAUUUGCAAGGAACUUCUUCAGCAGGUGUUCUUGGAGCCGCUCUCUAAAGUGCUUGGUCAAGCCAAAUCUAAAACGCUACUCCUGGACGCUGCUCAUUCAGAAACACGUUACCUGAACAAACUUCAUCAAAUGGGGCUGCUUCUGGGCAUAACCGAGUGGAGAACUGACUUCAACAACAAACUUGUUCUGCCAGCUUCACCUGAAGUGCCCUUACUCAUGAAGUCUGUAGUGGAAGACUCCAUGAGUGACAUGUCUUCUGGAUUGAGUCUGAAUGAGAUGGACAAUGAAGAAGAAACUGUGCUCAGCACUUCUUCUAGCAGCCCUGGAGGAGCACAUCAGCAAGGCGAUGAUGAUGAGCAGAUGUUUGAGCUGGUUUCUGAGCAUGGUGAAGUCACAGACCGCAGUGUGCAGGGGGAAGAGGAGAACCAAGACCUUCAGGAUGAAGAUCCGAUGACGUCUGCUCAACCAGAGGACAAUGAGCACAAAGCCAUCAUAGAAGACAUCAGGAAAACAGAGUUUGGCAUCGGUGUCGAGCUCAACGAGGAGGGUCAGAACUUAAUGAGAAAGCAACAGGCAAGACUGGGCCGAAGCCUUGAACGUCUCUCCACUGAGCUCUACAGCAAGGACACACACUUUGUCCUGGAGCUCAUACAGAACGCGGAUGAUAACAGUUAUCCUAAUGGUGGAGAGCAGCCAGCUCUCACCUUUGUGGUGGAGAGAGACUGUAUCACCAUCUUAAACAACGAGUGUGGGUUCGAGGAGAAGAACAUUCGUGCCAUCUGUGAUGUCGGCAGGAGCACAAAGGGAAAACAUAAAUAUGGCUACAUUGGGCAAAAGGGCAUUGGCUUUAAAUCGGUUUUUAAAGUAACCAACUGUCCUGAGAUCCACUCCAAUGGCUUCCACAUUCAAUUCGACAAGACCGUCAGCCCCAUGGGAUACAUUCUGCCACACUGGGUUGACCGUGAAAGACCCGUGGGAUCUGUUGCCAAGGAGAUUUCUGAGAAAAGAUGGACCACAAAGAUCCACCUCCCUCUGCGAUCAGAAAGCUACCAGACGAAAAACCUUUUCCAUGAUGUGCAUCCCUCUCUUCUUCUUUUCCUCCAUCGUCUUCGUUCCAUCACUAUUUUGAAUGCGACGGAGAAGCGUUUGAUGAUGAUGAGCCGCCGAGAUUUGAGCCAUAAUGUUCUGGAGGUGGCACACACAAGUGGCGUCGAGCGCUGGCUUGUGGUCAAGAAUAUGCUUUACCCUAAAAAGAUUAAAGAAGAUGUGGAGUCAACAGAACUAGCCUUGGCGUUCCAGCUCAGCGACUCAUCUUCGGGUGACGCAAUACCUCAAAAACAGCCCGUAUAUGCCUUUCUUCCACUUCGCAGCUUUGGUUUCCGUUUCAUCAUUCAAGGUGAUUUUGACAUCCCAUCCUCCAGAGAGGAUGUGGACAGGGACAGCUCCUGGAAUCAGUGGCUCCGCUCGGAGAUCCCACAGCUGUUUGUGCAUGCCAUGGACGUCUUCAAUCAACAUCCAGAGUUCAGUGGGUUUGGAGGACUGUGUUACUUCUUGCAGUUUAUCCCACAGCCAAGUGAGAUCCUGGACUUCUUUAAUCCAGUAGCCAAUCAGAUCAUUCAGCUACUAAAGGGCAAAGCGUGUCUCCCAGCAAAAGAGGACAAUGAGGGCAGAGUUGAAUUCAAACAGCCGUCCCAACUAGCCGUGUGUCACGACCGCUUGAUUCAGGAUGUCAUUGGAGGAGAGGAUCUUUUAAGGUCCCUGAGUCUCUCUUACCUGCAUCCUGCACUACAGUCAAGCCUUUCCGGCUCUCUCCUCUCUGCACUGGGCGUCCAUCGCCUCAGAACCUCAGAAAUCCUAGCAGUCACCUGCGCAAUGGCCAAAGAUCUAGUUCAACAUGGUCAUCUUAAAUCAGAACAAGACCUAAAGAAGCUGGCCAAACUGUUAGUGUGUAACCUCCGUGCAUUGGAUAUGGAGUAUGGCGAUAUGGAGGCCCUUUUCCAGUCUCUCAAAGAUGUUCCCAUGAUCCCUCUGGCCAAUGGCAGUGUGGUUUCUUUAAGUUCAGAGAGCAUUUUUUUUCCUCUCAGUGACGUGACGCAAGCUCAAACAGAUCUGAAGGCUCUGUACCAGGAUUUAAAUAUCGUGGAGCCCCAGCUGCUGGUGUGUCUGGAUGAACUGGGGAACUCACAGGUGCGGGAGCUGCUACGAAGACUCAACAUCCAUGAACUUGAGCCCCAAGAGGUUCUACACAAGCAUAUCUACCCUAUGCUGAGGAGCAAGUCCUGGGAGAAAAAGCCCAAGGACAUAAUCGUCAGCUACCUGGUGUUUAUCAAACUACACUCUCAGGAUCAGAAUUACAGGACCCUCGGCACAGCCAUCCCUGUGUUGACCAGCAGGGGCUUCCUCUGCCCCUCCAAGAACAAGAUUCAGUUUUCAAAAGAAUAUGGAAACAUUGACCUUCCCAACAAGCUCCCUGGUGUGGACUGGAUCCUGCUGGACCCCUGCUAUCUGCGGGCAAACGGAGAUCUGGACGGUUGGAGAGAACUCCUCAGGAAUCUGGGAGUUAGAGACCUUCUUAUCUUUAGGAAGGAGAAGCGGACCUUCACUGGUUCUGAACUGGCGUCUAGUUCAUGGGCACUGGAGAGUAAAGUGUGGUCUAAGCCUGCAGAUGGGGUGUAUAUCAUUGAAGAUCAGCACUGUGCAGAGUUUCAUACCUUGCUUACUGCCAACCACCUCUCACCUCACGCGAAACUACAGCAAAGACAAGCUCUUAUAAAACUGAUUGACGAAAACUGGGAUUCAGGAGAGAAUUACUCACAGUACCUCAGAGUGCAGGUCUUGGACAGCCAGGGACGUUUUUUCAGAAAUGCAAAUUCCUCUUUUUACCACAAUCUCACCCAGCUGCUCUGGGUACCAACAUGCAGGCCACCAUGGGGAGACGGACAGCACGUAACCUACCUACAGCCGAAGUCUGUCUACAUUUACUCUAUUGAUGUACAUCGACUACUUGGAUCCCAUGUUGACUAUGUCCACAUGGAACCCAGUGAAUUCACCAGAGAAAUAGGAAUGAGACACACUGUGCAGGUGGACGACAUUAUCGGCUAUCUGAAGUGUUGGUGCACUAAGGUUUCAGAGGAUCUCUCAGUGGAGCCUGAGGGAGCUGACUUCACCACAACAGUCGAGCACAUGCACGCAGUGUAUCUUUACCUUAGUGACCAGUGUUCUAACGUCAAGUUUAGAGACCUGUUUCAACACUCACCUGCUGUUUUCAUUGAGUAUAACAGAAAGCAGGAAUGGUGCUCUGGGCGGUUCUACCAUCUGAAAGAGGUUUGCUGGAAUGAUCCGACAGGCAUGUUUCAAAGGUACAAGGAGCUGAUUCGAAAGCCUGACAGCGGGAUACAGGAGCCUAAACUACUGGCACCAUUUUAUACUGGAUUGCAUGACAUGAAGAGCAUGUUUAACUCUCUCAAUGUGGAGCUCAGUCCAUCUAUGAAGCAGUAUGUUGCCCUUUUGGAAGCUGUUUGUGAGUCAUCACCUCUUGCUACAGUGGAUGUUGUCCAAGACGUUUCUGUCAUCUUUGCCAAGCUAGCUGAUAAAUGUAAAAUGCAUGUUCUUGGAGAACAAGAUCAAGUUCCUCAACUGAACCCCGACUAUUGCUGCUCUCUCAAAGAAAUGAUUUCUCACAAAAGAGUGUUCCCCACCAAGAGUAACGGCUGGGUGACGCUAGCACACAAGCCCAUGAUAGCGGACAGCCCGCACUUGGAGAAGAUCUUCAAAUCGCAUCAUGAGAUUUGUCUGCUCAACCUACCGUCUGCCAUGAAGAAAGCAGCCAUCAAAUUAAAACAUCAAGUUAAACUGAAUGAGAAGGAGGCGUUCAGCGAAGCAGACAGAGAGUUGUUCCUGGAGAUCUGCGGGGUGAAAAGACUCUCCCAGUAUGUGUCCACCGAACCACAGACUGAGAGCUACAGGCCUUGCCCCUCUGUGCAGACCCUGGUGCGACAGAUCGUCCCUUAUAUCCAGAGGUUCAUUUACCAGCAUGGGGAUUUCGAAGACAUUUACAGUGAGCUGAAGGUUGCCGGGAUUGCUAAACAGAUUAACUCGCUGAGUUUUGGACAGGUGGGCAAGCUGUAUAUUCAUUAUCGACUUGAGGUGUCCGAGGAGGACCCAGUAUUUGAGAGUGAAGAUAUAAUAUGUUUUCUAGAAGAUAAAAAAGAGCUAUACAUCCACAAAGAUCAUCUCUCAGCCAAACUGGACAUCUGCAGAGAGCUGGUGAAAUUGUUCACCACAGAAAAGACUCUUGGGAAAGUGCUGGAAAGCUUUCUGCUGGGCCUUGUUCCCUGGAUAAAUGACCAAGCUGCUUUGAGAAAGUACCUGGACAGGGAGAUCGCUCUAGAACUCCCUCCAGAUGAGGAACUGUGGGAGGUCCCGGCACCUAAGCAAGUGGAAGUAAAAAAAGAACAUAAUGUGCCUGUGGUCCAUCCAUUUGGAGCUUUACAGGAGGUGGAAAUGCAGACAGAUCAGAAUAAAGAUGACAGGCUGGUGUCCUGGCCACCCAAAGCCUCUCUCAAUAAAACAGGUGGAGGCAGUUCAGGUACAGACAGCCAGGCUGUUGAAGAUGUGAUGAAGAUGUGGCCUCCUCCUGCUGCUCCUUCACCGGCUCCUGUAAUGGUGACUGGUCAUUCAGGUUCUGGAAUGGAUAGGAGCUCAUCAAACAUGAACGUCCAUCAACGAACUGGAGAACCUCCAGUGCACGUAGAUCUAGGACUUCAACACGUACAGGGUCCCAGGACAAGUGAAAGCAUCUCACGCACAACUGAUAGGCCUGGUCGCACAGAGAUGAAGGAAGAGCUCACUAUGCAAAACAUGAAGGUUCAUCCUCAACCUGUUAAGUCAAACGCAGAUGAACCGGAAAAAACUCCCCACCACCACAAAACCAACCCAACACCUACAGCAGUCGAACAAGACACACCAGAGACUCCCACAACACUAGGCCAUAAUACAGCUCAAGUACCAGAGAUGGUCUCAAGCCAGUUCCAGGGAGUCGAAACCCUACAGCGACCACUUGGGACUCUAGAUAAUGCAGUGUGGACCAAACCGAUGGCUCCAGAGGCCGUCCUGGAGGAUUUGGACCUGGACUGCACCAUGCCCCAAACUCUGGUGAUCUCUAAAGACUUUGACGAUACAGCCUGUAUUGGACAGUGGGGAGAGCAACUGGUUUUCUCCUUCCUCACUCACUGGAAAGAGAACGGAGGUGAUUAUGGACCCAUUGAUAUCACCUGGUUCAAUGAAAAAGGAGAGAGCGGCCAGCCUUGUGACUUCAAGCUUACGUUUGCAAAUAAGGGCCCAAGAGCCGGCACAACAAGGGAGAUCUUUGUGGAGGUCAAGACAACGAUAAAGAGAGAGAGACAUUUUAUUCACCUGUCUGCCAAUGAGCUGGAUUUUGCACUGAAGGAGAAAGAGAGGUAUCACAUAUAUAGAGUGUAUGGUGCUGGAGAUGCACAGAAUGUACGUCUGUGUCGUAUUAAAAACCUCGCCCAGCAUCUGCAUUCUAAGGCAUUAGAACUGUUCUUAUUUGUGUAGCCUCUAUUUUAUAGAUUAUUUUACACUGAUUAUUAUUCCCGCAGAAUGUUAAAUGUUUAGUGUUUCAUAGGUGUUUUUAACUCCUAAUAUCUAUAUAAUAUAAAAUAAUAUUACACAAUUUUACUGGCCAGUUUCUAUUCACUUGUUUGGUCAUGUAAUUGACCAAGUCUGUGCUGUUUUUACUACUAAUUGGAAUGUUACUUUUCCUUUUUGAAUUGUCAUUUACUAGUUCAUUAAAUAAAUAAAGACUUUUA